AGUGUGCAGCUGAUGUGGAGUGUGCCCAGAGCCUUUCCUUUCGAAAUGGAGACCAGACCUUGUAGUUGACGUUUAAUCCGCUCCUUUUAACUCUUCGUGUUUCUCUAGGGUAUCCCAAUUAUUUUAGUAUCCCUUUACAUUCUUUCAUCAUUUUACUCGGAGUUACAAGGACUCACCAUGAAGAUCAUCGUGGGGAUCGGAGGCGUAACCAAUGGUGGAAAGACAACACUCACCAACAAACUGAUUAACUCUUUGCCAAACUGCUGUGUGGUACACCAGGAUGGUUUUUUCAAGCCCCAAGACAAGAUAGAAGUUGAAGAUGGAUUUAAGCAAUAUGACGUUAUCACAGCAUUAGAUAUGGAAGCUAUGAUGAGUACAAUUGAUGGCUGGCAGAAAGAUCCUGCUAAGUUUGAACGCUCACAUGGUAUCAACAAUGAAUUAGACUCCGAGGCACCACAAGAUGCAGAGAAGCGUGAAAGUCUUCAUAUUCUUAUUGUAGAAGGAUUUCUCCUUUACACCUACAAACCACUUAUUGAUCUGUUCACCAAAUGUUAUUUUCUUUCUGUACCCUAUGAUGAAUGCAAGAGGAGAAGGAGCUCAAGAAACUACACCGUUCCAGAUCCACCGGGACUGUUUGAUGGCCAUGUUUGGCCUAUGUACAUAAAGCACAAGAACAUAAUGGAAGAAUUAACAGUUAAUGUUGAGCAACUGGAUGGGACAAAUACCAGAGAAGAGUUGUUCAACAGAGUGUAUGGAGACAUACUGGAUCUUAUAAACAGCAAGGAAUGACUGAGAGGAACGCGUGGCCUUUGACUGUUGAUGCCUUUUGGAUUUUAACUUAUCCGCUGAUUUUCUAUUUUUCCAUAUAAAGAUUGUCUUUUUGGUCUGACUUCUUAAGAAGCUACUCUUCCAUGAAUAAGCCGCAUUUAAAUAAACCAUGUCAGUGGAAGCUAAAA